CGAGGGAGUGGGGGCUGGGGAAACUACUGGGAACGUUUGCUCUAUGGAUUGAACUAAACUAAGAAAAAUCGGUCCAAGGUUCAGCACAAAAGGAUAUUUUCAUCCCAGUCCUUUCGCCCACGUAGGGAACUAUGCCUUUGGAGGUGGUGGUGGAACUGCAGAUCCGGGCGAUUUCUUGCCCAGGGGUGUUCCUUCCUGACAAGCACGAUGUGUUCCUUGGUGUUUACCUCCUGAAUCAGUACCUGGAGACAGACUGCCUUCCUUCCGUAUUCCCUAUUAUGAUUCAGCGGAGCAUGAGGUUUGAAAAGGUAUUUGAUGCAAUAGAUCCUGGAGCAGUAGCAGACAUCUUAGAAAGCUUUCUAACCAGGUUUGAGUUAAUACAGCUAGUGCCUCCAGAAUGGGAAGAGUUGGCCUACUAUGAAGAAAACACACGGGACUUUCUUUUCCCUGAGCCCAGGCUGACACCUUCACACCCUGGCAUGUGUAGAGAGGUACUCAUGAAAACAGUUGCAGGUUUUCCAGGCAUUGCUCCUAAAAUAGAGUUUUCUACAAGGACAGCCAUCAGAGAACGAGUGUUUCUGCAUAGAAACAGAUUUCUUGAAGAAAGAUAUAAGUCACAAAGGCCUUUAUCAACAUCAUCUGGACCAAAAUUCCCUUUAAGUAGUGUAAAGAUGAAGCUCAGGGAGAGUAAUCUCGACAGACUGCCCCAAGGCUUGCAAUCCCGGCCAUCCUCUCCAUAUUCCACCAGCCAUUUCUUUCAGGACCAGCCAGCUCAUCUGAACCUUGGGAAUAAUUUCAAAGUACCCAGAGAAAGCAGACCUCCAUUCGUAGUAAGACACGUGGAUAGUGCAAAGCCCUUUGGUGAGAACAGUUCGGAGCAUCAUUCCCAGAAAUCUAGAAGAAAAUGUAACUUUUCAAACUUUCCAUUUCCAGUGAGAAGAGCUUCUUCUCUUGACAGCCUUGCAGCUAACGUAAAGGUUGUCAAAGAGCCAGAUGAACGAAUUGUUUUAAGGAGUGAAUCACCAUCAUCUUUAGAUUCAAGUAAAUUUGGAAAGCCCUUGCCCAGUUACAGUAACCAAGGGGAUGCCGAUUUCCACCGGGAGACUUCACUUGCCACUUCCCAGCACUCCAGAUCUCCCAGACCUCUUCUGGAUCAGCCCCUUCUCCAAGAAAGGUUCCACCCUGGGUCCCUGUCCACAGGGAAGAAGAUCCAUGAAAGGGUUUGCAGCCUUUUGACAUCGCACAGAGCUCGGCAACACCUGAGCAAGGAAGACUCCAUCUCUGAAGUAAAUUAUAUCCUUGAAAGACCAAGCUACCCUCUGAAGAAAUACCCAGUGCAUGAGCAGAGAUUUUUUUAAGCUGCUGUCCUACAUAAGGGAAAUGGAAUGAAAACUGGAGGAGCAUCAUGAACUCACUCAUCGAGUCAACAACAAUUUUUGUUCUGUAUAUCGUAUCACCAGUGUCUGUCUCCCUUUAAAUCAAACCUGUACCCAGUCUUUUGUCCCCAGGUAAGAGUCAGUGAUUAAAGUGUUCGCUGUUUGGGGCUCAUAUUUUCUUGUUAAGCUGGGAAAUUUGUGUUUUAGUUUAUUUGUAUGUUUGUUUGGGGCUUGAAAUAAAAAUAAAAAUAGU